GCCCCAGAGUAUCUUCGGCCAUGAUCUCCUCUAGCGUCACUAGCUCGCGCACGUCGAGCGCAGGGGUGUAGGAAGUCCUGUCGUUGGCGGGGUCGAGGUUGACAACGGAGCAUUUGCGGCCGAUUGCCGACAUGAAUUGGUGCAUGCCAUCGCAGUAUGUAGAUUUUCCGGACCCGGGGGGGCCUAUUACUAGUUGUGCAAAGGGCAUGAUUCGUUCGUAGCAGAACUAUCUUUUGUUUCUAAGGCGUUUGACGGUGGGUGUGGGGUGUGGUGUAUUGUAGGCAUGUCGAUGGAUGCAGGGAGCGAUGAUGUAAAUUAGAUAAGGCGGUGUGAAAUGGCAGAAACUGACUGAAAACUUUCAGAACGAGGAUAAGAAUGGGAAUAAAAUGCAGCAAACAAAACAACAAGACGAUAUCACAGAACAGCAGAUUGAGAUUCUCAUUUUCAGUUCUGAUAUAUUUGAUCACUCGGGUCCAUGGCUUCUUCACAGUUCGCCCUGGCUUCCCCGCCGACGGACGCCAUCUCCGCCGUGAAAUUCUCUCCGGACCCAAGCUCCACGCGCCUGGUAGUGUCAUCAUGGGAUAAGAAUGUAUAUUUAUAUGAUCUGCGCGAUGAGAACGGAGCCGUGGGCGAAGGCAAACUCAUACAGAAGUUCGAGCAUCGAGCCCCCGUACUAGAUGUCAGUUUUGGAGAGAAUGAGAAUGAGAUAUAUACAGGAGGACUCGAUUGGGACGUUCGGAGAAUCGACAUACCCACCUCCACCCAAACAGUUCUCAGUUCACAUACCGCCGGCGUGAAAUCCGUCGUUUACAGCAAAGAACACAACCUCCUCAUCUCCGCCUCCUGGGAUUCUACUCUACAUGUCCACCGCACCACUAACCCCUCCAAACCAUCAGACCACCCCGAAUCCCCUCCGACAAAAACACCAGCCAAAAUCCCUCUCCCCGCCAAGCCCUUCUCCCUCUCCCUCUCCCCGACAAAGCUCGUCGUCGCCAUGGCCUCGCGCACCCUGCACAUCUACGACCUGCACGCCCUCUCCACCUUCAUCGACCAAUCCACCAACACCAGCCCGGAAACCCACACCCUCUCAAUCGACCCCUGGCAGCGCCGCGAAUCGAGCCUGAAAUUCAUGACGCGCGCCGUAGCCUGCAUGCCCAAUGACGCCGGCUACGCCUGCUCCAGCAUUGAAGGCCGCGUCGCGGUCGAAUGGUUCGAUCCCUCCGACUCCUCACAGGACCGCAAGUAUGCUUUCAAAUGCCACAGACAGCAGUCGCCCGACGAGCCGGGUGUCGAUAUCGUGUACCCCGUUAACGCGCUGGCGUUUCACCCGGUCCAUGGCACCUUUGCGUCUGGUGGUGGGGAUGGGGUUGUGGCGCUAUGGGAUGGUGUGGCGAAGAGACGGAUUCGACAGUAUCAGCGGUAUCCGGCCAGUGUUGCGGCGUUGGCUUUUAGUGGGGAUGGGAAGUAUUUAGCCAUUGGGGUUAGUCCUGGGUUUGAAGAAGGGAAGGAGAAGGAGAACGAGGAUGGCGUGGAGGGGGUGGUGAAGGUGUUUAUUAGGGAGUUGGGGGAGACCGAGGCGAAGGGGAAGGGGCAGAAAUGAUAUUAAAGAAAAAAGAGGUAAUUCAGUAGAUGAUUUUAUUAUGAUUAAAAGAUUUUCAAAUGUCCUAGGAGAAGAGUUGGUGUAAGGUUUGAUCAACUCGAUAGCGGGAUGAGGAAGAUAUGGCUCUAUUUAUUUUCAGAUUAUUUUUUUCUUCACAGACUGCCCUGCCAUACUCUCAAAGCGUAGCGGCUUCUGUAUCAUAAACUACACCAUAGUUGUAUCCAUAAAGAAUUACAAACGAUAUCUUAUCGGUUAUAAACAAACACCCAAAUGAAAAAAACCCUGGGGAGUAUGCACAUCAAUUAAAACCACCCGGACACUUCAG